AUGGUCAUUGCUGUAUGGUUUUUUUCAUUCCUUUAUUUAAUUACAGUUUUAUCUGAUAGUCUCAAUGGAACAGGAAAAUCAGAACUAGGAUCUUUGGUACUGGAUAGCGAAAUUGCGAGCAUGGUGAAUAAAUUUCGAGAACAAGAUGUCAAUAAAAUUAAUAAUGGAAAAGUAAUUCUGGAUUAUCAGGGACAUACGGUAACUCAUGAUCCUACUGAUAACGCCCAAAGAAGGUUAUUUAAAUGGAUAGAUCCAGUCUCACUGAAAAAAGACACAUACCGAAAGUGGAUUGCUCUGAGUAAUGAAUACCAUUCAGAAAUUGGCGUUAAAGAGAAUUCUUUAACGAAGAAUAGAGCUAUUGAUGAUUUUCUUGAUACGGUCUUUAAUACCACUGUGUGGAAAAGUCUUUAUCAAUUUCUGCACCGAAAAGGUCAUCCAUAUUCAAAAAAUCUGCAAACAUUCCGAACUCAGAUUAAACAAUUAUGGUUUACGGAAUAUUCACGAAGUGAAGGUUACAGUUCAUCUGGAUUCAAGCAUGUUUUUAUGGGAGAGCACAGAGAUGGUGAAGUGAGUGGAAUGCAUUCAUGGCUACGAUUCUAUUUGCUAGAAAGAAAUGCCUCAGAGGAGUUCGAUUAUUGUGGAUAUGUCAUUAAAAGAUUUGUGAGUUUGUAA